ACGUUUGUCAGCGUGGAGAGUGUGUGUGGCUGUGUAACAAAACCAGCACAGGAACUCUCGCACGUGCAAGUGUUUUCAAGAGAAAGACAAAGAGACAGAUAGUCCAGGGCAAAAAGCCAGGGAGAAGAGACAUAGUGGAAAGAGGUGAGGAAAAGAAUCAGAGCCUAAGAGCAACCAGGACCAGCUUAGAACCAAGAUGUCUGCUUUGUUUAUGACGAGCAGCAUGGUGGGCAAGGCGCGCUCUUCGAACUUUACUCUGUCUGAGAAACUGGACCUGCUCCGCCUGGUUCAGCCGCACAUCCGCAUUUUGGAGGAGCACACAAACAAGCAUGCUGUGAUUGUGGACAAGAACCGGUGCUGGGAGAACAUAGCCGAGCGCUACAACAAACUGGGAGGAGAGAGGCCGCCCCGGACAGCCCAGGGGCUCCGGACCCUGUACAAACGUCUCAAAGAGAGUGCUAAACAAGAAGUGGUCCAGCGGAGCCACGCCCAGCCUGAGUAUCGGGGCAGCAUCUCAGAGCCAACCAAACGGAUCAUGGAGAUGAUCCCGCAUCUAUUUCAUGCAGGGGACAAAGAGCACAGCACACUCCACAGGCUGCAAUACAGGAUGAACUCUCCAGUCGAGCAACCCGGCAGCAGUUCGUCUCUUCCUGCCAUGCUGGACUACACACCUGCGGCCAGAGCGGUGAGGGUGGAGUCAGAGGAUGUCAAACCUCCACCUGAUCUCCAAAUAGUAGUCCCGCACGAUUCGCCUGUAACAUUAACAACUCCUCACAGUCAGGAGCCCAUUGCUCAGACUGAGAAUGAAGUUGAGGAGGAGGAAGAGGAAGAAGAACUAGUCUCUAAUGUUUACACGGCCUCCCUCUCACCCUGCCCCUCCUCUGUGCAUCUCCCUCCAUCACCUUCAGCACCCGCGUCCAGACGCAGUCUGUACGAAAGGGGCGGUGUUUUGUUUAGAAACCCUGCACUGGAGGCGGAGUCUUUGCAGAUGAUGCGAGAGGAGCAUGAGGUUUUACUGGCCAACCACAGGAAGCUUGGACAAUACCUAGACGAGAGAAGAGAGGGGCUAAAAAGAAAGCAACAGUUGGAGGAGGAGCUCUUGAGGUCAAAGGUCAAAGUGGAGAAACUUAGGGCUGCACGGCUACGCCACGGUCUGCCGCUAAUGUAA